AUUUUAAAGAUCGAUUUUAAAAUGAACACCAGCUAAAAUAAUAUUUGGCGGAACGACGAUCAAGGUUAACUUUGUGUUUUUAGAUAUUAUCGAUAGCUUAUUAGGUAUUUCUAACUUUGAACGUGGCUUUAUUUCGUUUGACUUUGGCCUACACACUAUAAGGCCAUCACCAGAGUAGGCAUUUCAAUUGCAUAGGUUCGCCAAGCAGCUGCAAUCAUGCCUUUAAGAAAACCAACCGGACGUUCCAAGUUGGAUUUUGCGACGGUUCAGCGGAGAAGAAAAUUAAAGAGCCCAAAAUCGCGAGAUAAAGAAGCUGACAGAGUUUUAAGCCGAGUUUUGCGAGCAACGAACGGCACACGUAAGGAAUUUGACCGAUGGGGCGUUUUUUCUCAACUUUUCGGCGCUAAAUUUGGAAGAAUUACCGGUAGAAUUGUUUGAGGACGAAUUUUUAUAUGAAAAGUGCGAAAAAUAUUUGAUUGGACUCGACGUGUCUGAUAACCGCUUGAAAAGCUUGGACCAAGAAAUCGGGGAUUUCGCGAACUUGAAGACUUUGAACUGUUCAAAGAAUAAAUUACGUUUUCUGCCAACUUCCAUAUGUGCUCUGGAAUUCUUGACCGAACUAAACGCAACGUACAAUCAGUUGAUCGUCUUGCCACGUAAUAUUUACAAAUGUUCGAUGCUCACCACGAUAAGGGCGGCACACAACAAACUGCGUGCAUUACCCACAAGCAUCGGGUCCAUCCCAACACUCCUUAUGUUGGAUGUUGGCAACAAUGCAUUGAAAUCUCUGCCAAAAUCAGUCUACCAGAUUCGUAAAGUAAUAAACUGUUCAAGCAACAAACUUCAUCGGUUACCGGAGCCAGAAACGAAGAAAUCAAAAAGCGGCUUACAACUUAUUCGAUGCAUUGAAGCAUCUCAUAAUGAAAUCGAAUCUCUACCAAGAAACUUGUCAUUUCUGACAAACCUACAGUCUCUAAGUUUGUCCAACAACCAGCUAACGGAAUUACCACAGAACAUCGGAGAGUUACAGAAACUGAUCACUGUCGAUGUCUGUCAGAAUUCUUUGUCUGAAAUCCCCGACAGUUUCGGCAAUUUAUCGAACCUACGUUUGUUGGAUUUGAGAGAAAAUAAGUUGACCACUUUACCCGAGUCUAUGAGUCGGUUGGAAGACCUGAUAACUCUCGACUGCGCAGGCAAUCAAAUUAAAACAAUUCCGGAAGAAUUGAAACAGAUCAAAAGCUUACAGAAUAUUGAUCUUUCAGCGAACCAGAUAGAGAGUGUACCAACAUUGUCGAAUAUGAGCAACCUCGUCACAGUUGAUCUUUCACGGAACGCCAUAUCUACACUCGGAGAUAUUGAGGACAUGCCUUCCAUGGAGAAUUUGAACCUUUCGGAAAAUCAACUGGCCAAAGUACCAGAUAGCAUCGGAAACAUCGAAUCGCUGGAAAACUUUCGUCUAGCCAACAACCAGAUUCAAGAGUUGCCACAAACAAUUGGAAACCUCAGCUCCCUGCAGUUUAUUGACGUCAGCAACAACCAACUGACGUCACUUAACACGUCACUAAGGCGACUUGGAACUCUGGAAAUCUUAAAAGCUGGAAACAACCAACUAACAACUUUACCUCAACCGUUCGGAUUUCUCCGGUCCUUACGUGAAGUGGAUUUAUCAAAUAACAAGUUGAAUACAUUAGUUGGAAAUGGCCCGUUACCGCGCGGAAUAAAACGGUUGAAAGCAAAUGGGAAUUUAUUCAAAGGCAAAGUUCCCGGUCGUGUUUUGCACGAGCUCCGACUGUUAACCGUCCUUGAUUUAUCCUCCUCUGAAAUUACGUCACUUCCUGACAGCAUCGGAAGAUUACGUUUGCUGCAAAACUUAAACCUUGAAAAUAAUCAGCUGCAUUCACUUCCCGAAUCAAGCGAGACGAUGUACUCGCUCAAAGACAUCAAUCUGUCAAAGAACGCAAUCAAAAAAUUGCCGCAAAACUUACAUAAUUGGAAAAGAUUAGUGACAAUGAAUGCUGCCCAUAACAAACUCGCUGAAAUGCCAGAAAAUUUACAUCAGUUACCUGUACUUGCAACACUGGACAUGUCGAACAAUGAGCUUGAGCAGAUUGAUGCAAAUAUCUUUCACAUGAGUCGUUUGAAGGUUUUGCGAUUACAAAACAAUCGCAUAAACCGCAUCAACAAAACGACCAAUGACGUCACCUUAUCCUCAAGUUUGCACGAAGUUGAUUUUUCUGGCAACGAAUUAGAAGAAUUGUUAGAAGACAUGGAAGUUCUUUCAUCCGUUCGUUGGUUUGAUGCAUCAUGCAAUAAAUUAUCGGAAAUACCAGAAGACAUUCACAAACUGAAAUGGGCAACUUAUCUAAACUUCAGCGAGAAUAAGAUCCAGAAGAUUCCUAAAAAAGUAGAUCGGUUGAAAUCGAUUGAAAAUUUCAAGUUGGCGAACAAUCAAAUCACUCAAAUACCGCAAAACAUCAAGAGAUGCAAACAUUUGUCUCACCUUGAUAUAACAGGAAACAGCAUCUCAGACUUCCCACAAGGAUUCUUUAAAAUGCGUAAACUUAACGAGCUAUUAAGUCAAGGCAACCCUCUAACUUGUAAGUUACCUGAGAAAUUCAGAGUCGCCGACGAACCAAAGUCCAGCCCACUCAAUUAUAAAGGAGAGAUUGGACUCGCCACUGACAGAAAUAUUGGACAAGAAAAAUCUGUUACUAAAGUGCUUACAACAAAAUCUGAAUUUACAACCGUAACAAGUUGUACGGAGAAAAAGUCCGCGUUAAAAGAAAGCGAAAGCUCAACGAAUGUAGUUCAAAAUGAGCCGACCAUUGUGGAUACAGAUGUACCGCAGCAGAAAGAACGCGCUGUUUCACAAAAGACGAACAAACUGAAGAAGAAAAUGUCCAAGUCUAAUGAAGUAAGUGAAGCGGAACGGUUGCUCUUAACAAUAACGUCAUCACCGGGAAACAACCAAUCACAGUCGACCAGCCAAUCCGUUGUAAGUUUGGAUGAACAAACAGUGGGCCAUGUGGGGACGAUUGAGAGCAAAAAAGUGGGCAAGACGUGCAAACAAAAGCGGGGCGUCGUUGGUGCAAAGUCAUCUAAACUUGCUUUGUCGACUACAAAACCAUCCGUCACACCAGCUAUACAAGCAACUGUAUAAAUGUGACACUAAUGGGACGUUUAUACAAAUGGUUGUUAAAGAGCCAAUAUACUCAACUGAAUAAAUCAAUUCAAAUCACUGCUCAAUUUUGACUAAUGACAAAAUAUGUGAGAAUUUAAUAAGAUGUAAUAUUAAAAGUCUCAUGUGAAAACAUAAAGUUAAAAUUCUUUUGUAAAACAACAGCACAUACAUACACUGUAAAAUUUGUAUUCGCAAAUUAAUUUUAUUGUUUUGAUAUCUUUCAGUUUAUAAAUAUAGAAGAGUUUUUGUACCAUUUGCGCACAUGUAUAUGCACUUAUAGAGCUCGAAAAUUAGCGUUGCAAUAUAAAAUUGUUGAUAA